UACCUCUCGGGAUGAUCAGGGUCUAGUGCAUCCCUGUCUAGCCUCUGGACCUCCAGCCCUGCCAGGGCUCCCCCUGAGCCUGACCAGGGGACCUAGCCCCAGAACCCAGGAGUGCUCACUUUCCUGUCCAUCCCCAACCCACGGCAGGCAGCUGUGCAGUCUCCUUUGGGACGACCUCUUAGGAAGGUCCUAAGAACCUCCGGGAAGAGAGAAGACAGGGUACCCACCUCCGCCCCAAGAUGCCUGAGCCAGCCAGAGCGCAGGCCUUCCGGCUGGAGACUACGGAAGGUGACCAGGAAGGGGGCACAGCGGCCGCUGCUGCCGCUGAGGAAGAGAAAGAAUCUAGAGACCAGCUGCCCCCCAUGGAGUCGGCCUUCCAGAAAGAGAGCAAGAGCUUCUCCCCUCAGAUAAAAGUUAAUCUUAAUUACCGGAAAGGAGUAGGUCCCAGCCCUUCAGAUCCAAACCGUUUUGACCGUGACCGACUCUUCAAUGCAGUGAUGGGGGGAAACCCGGACAGCCUGGGUGGUUUGCUGGAGUAUCUGAUGUUGACCAGCAAGUAUCUCACGGACUCUGAAUUCACAGACGCCUCCACUGGGAAAACCUGCCUGAUGAAGGCUGUGCUGAAUCUCCGGGAUGGGAUGAAUGAGUGCAUCUUACCGCUGCUACAGAUUGACCACGCCACCCAGAACCCCCAGCCUCUCAUCAAGGCCGUGUGCACUGGGGACUAUUACAAAGGUCAUAGUGCUCUGCACAUUGCCAUUGAGAAGAGAAGCCUUCAGUGCGUGAAGGUGCUGGUGGAGAACGGAGCCGACCUCCAUGCCAGGGCCAGUGGGCGGUUUUUUGGGAAGAAGAGUCAAGGAAUUUGCUUCUAUUUCGGGGAGCUGCCACUGUCCUUGGCCGCCUGCACUAGGCAAUGGGAUAUUGUAUCGUACCUCCUGGAGAAUCCUGACCCUGACCGCAGGGCCUGCCUCGAGGCUGUGGACACCUGGGGCAACACUGUCCUACAUGCCCUGGUGAUGAUUGCGGAUGACUCGGUGGAGAACAGCGCCCAGGUGAACAGUAUGUAUGACUACAUCCUCCAAAUUGGUGCCCGCCUCCGCCCCUCCGUGAAGUUGGAGAACAUCGCUAAUCUCCAGGGGCUGACGCCGCUCAAGUUGGCAGCAAAGGAGGGGAAGAUCGAGGUCUUCAAGCACAUCCUGCAGCGGGAGAUCUCUGGGGAGUACCGGCACCUCUCACGGAAGUUCACCGAGUGGACGUAUGGGCCUGUCCAGGUGUCACUCUAUGACCUGUGCUCCGUGGAUAGCUGUGAGGACAACUCAGUGCUGGAGAUCAUUGCCUUUGGCUGCAAAGCUCCGAAUCGACACAAGAUGGUGACGUUGGAGCCAUUGAACAAGCUACUGCAGGAGAAAUGGGAGUCGCUGGUCACCCGAUUUCGCUUCAAUUUGGUUUCCUACUUUCUGUAUAUGUUGAUCUUCACGGCUGUCACCUACCACCAACCUGUCCUGGGGAAGAACAUCAUUCCUCUGAAAGCCACAGUGGGUAACUCAAUGCUCCUGAUGGGACACAUCUUCAUCCUCUUUGGGGGUAUCUAUCUCUUCUUUGGCCAGCUUCAAUACUUCUGGAGGAGGCGUCUGUUCAUCUGGACCUCGUUUGUUGAUAGCUACUUCGAGAUCCUCAUCCUAAUGCAGGCGCUCACUUCAGUGGUGGCCCAGGUGCUGUGCUUCCUAGAACUUAGCUUGUACCUGCCCAUCCUGGUUUUCUCCUUGGUCCUGGGUUGGAUAAACCUUCUCUACUACACCCGUGGCUUCCAGCAGACAGGCAUCUACAGCGUCAUGAUACAGAAGGUUAUCCUCAGAGAUCUGCUGCGCUUUCUCUUGGUGUACUUCGUCUUCCUGUUCGGCUUUGCCAUAGCGCUGGUGAGCCUGAGCAGGGAAGUCCCCCCGCCCACCUUCUCCAACCAGUCCCUGGUGGAGGCGGACAAGGCCCCCUACGGAGGCUUCGUGGAGGCCUCCCUGGAGCUCUUCAAGUUCACCAUCGGCAUGGGCGAGCUGGAGUUCCACAAGCAGCUGCAGUUCGAGGGCUUCAUCAUGUUCCUGCUGCUGGCCUACGUGCUGCUCACCUACAUCCUCCUUCUCAACAUGCUCAUUGCCCUCAUGAGCGAGACCGUCAACAGCGUGGCCACCGACAGCUGGAGCAUCUGGAAGCUGCAGAGAGCCAUCUCAGUCCUAGAGAUGGAGAGGGGGUACUGGUGGUGCAAGAGAAAGAAGGAACGGUCAGGCAUUCUCCUUACAGUGGGCACUACUCCGGACCAGAAGCCAGAUGAGAGAUGGUGCUUCAGAGUGGAGGAGGUGAACUGGGCCACAUGGGAGAAGGAGCUCCAGACGCUGAAGGAGGAGCCAGAGGGCACUCUGGAGCCUGGGCAGACCCUCCCAGGCACGGCCUGGAGGCGACUGCUGUCUUCAAGGGCCCGGGAGCAACCCCAGACCUCAGAGGAUCAAGUGCCCCUCCGGACUUUCAGCGCCUGACGCCGGGAACGGCCAGUGCAGCUACGCCUGCAAUCAAGUGCAGAUGCCAAGGAGCCCAGAGCUGGAGCCCAGGGCACCGCCGUGCUGACCCACAGAGGGAGGAAAGCCCCUCUCCCCGUGUUCCUUAUGGGCAGGGGCCCCCAGGGGUUUUUAUGAUCCAUCAUCUUGAGGUGUUAGAGCACAGCUGCCUUAGACGCUUAGGCUAGGACAGAGGCCGGACCCUGCCUCCAAUGCCUAACACACCAGGGUGACCUUGAACAAAUCCCUUCCCUUCUCUGUUUCUGCUUCCGUAAAAGGCAGAUUGACCUACAAUGACCUCAAAGACCUAUUCCAAUGUUAAGUCUACGAUCUGCAAGGCAGCUAGGUGUUGGCUGGAGCUGGGAAGACAUGAGUUUGAAUCCUGCCUCAGGUCCUUGCUAGCUGUGUGACC